AUGGCCACCGUGGUAUCCAUUGUGCUACUAUUGUUCGCUACCGUGAAUGCCAAAGGAACAACGCUACUGACGGCUGCAAUCACUUUCUCAAUGCCGCCGUGGAGAAUCUCAUCGUCCGCUCCACCACCACCACCACAACCAGCGACUUCAAAUGAGGAAAACCUCGGUGACGGGAAGGUGGAACAAGAGCCGCCGGAAAAGAAGAGGGGAAGGGCGAGGUUUUUGGAUGUGCAAAUUGUGGAGAUGGUAAAGUACGCGGCAGUGGAGUUGGGGUGGAGCCUUGAGGGACACAAUGAGGAUGAUCUUGGAGAAUUCUGUGAGGCGAUCGAAGUCACUCGUCGGAGUUUCAAGGUUUGGAUGAAAAACAACAAAAACAAGUACUUGGAAUCUGAAGAAUCCUCGUCGAGUGAUGACAGUGGCAGAUCCGUUGUCUGA